AUGGUUUUUACUGGUGUGGCCUCAGCAGACCGUUUGACAGUGAGCCAGUGGAUGUCUGGCUGGGAAGAUCACUAUGACAGCGGCAUGAAAAAUUUGGUUACCACUGCAAUGAUAAAGACGAUGCAGCCUCUGGAAAUUAGAGCCAGUGUAGUGGCCUGUUUAUUCUUACUCUUGAGACCUUUAUUUCGGUAA